GCCCCUCUCUCUCCCCAAGCUCUCCACAGCUGGGGCUAUGACCGACAAUGGCUCGAGCGCCGCCGCAUGCGCCUCGCUCCCUGCUGGCGGCGGCGCGCGCGGCGCCGAACAAAACAAACAAAAAAAACUCGGCGGGCAGCUCCGGCCGGCAGGCCCAGGAGUCUCAGCAGGCGCGCGCUCCCAAAACGCCGGCCUUCGCGCUGCGCGGCGUCUUCGCACCUUCGGGCGGGCGGCGCGGAAAAAUGCCCGUCCCCGAGCAGGGUGCUGCGCUGUGCUCCCUGACUGCGCCCGCGCAGAGCUGCCCAGCGCUGCCCGGGCCCGAGAGGACAACGGCACUGUCGUCGAGCAAGCAGUGGACGAGGAUUUUAGAGCGUGUCGCCAGGGCGGAAGCUCGGACACCGUGCGAAAUGCUUAAGAAAUCAUGGAAUAAUCAAGACUCUGGCCGAAACUUUACGUUUUCUUAAGCAUCGCCUAGGGUGGACUCAGGGUUCGGCUCACAGCUCGUCGCCCUCCGUGCCCUCCUGUCCGGGGCGAACGGCUAGGCAACGACACGUCAGCCCUACCCCUGCAGGUCAGAUCUCGAAGACGCCGGCCGGGGCUCAGAGGUUGCAGGGUGUCUGCAGUCAGGCGGGCCUCAGCGGGGCGUCCGAUGCCCCAGCGCCGAUUGAACCAGCAGGGGUACAGUGCGGGCGCGGUCGCAAGAAACCCUCGCAAGGAACCCAACCCUGGAAACCCGCGCGCGAGGUGCACCUGAGGGAAAAACCCGACCAUCCCGAACGCAGCAGCUCCCUCGACGGCCGCGGGAGGUCACCGCGCAGCGCGCGGAACGAAGAAACCCAGGAUACCCUGACGAAAAGCAUGUGGUUUCUUGGUGCGCGCCCCCACUGCAGGUCAGAUCUCGGAGACGCCAGCCGUGGUUCAGAGUUCGAAGGGUGUCUGCAGUCAGGCGGGCCUCAGCGGGGCGUCCGAUGCCCCAGCGCCGAUUAUACUAGCAGGGGUAGGGUUCGCACGUGGUCGCAGAACGAGAGGGCGGGGACAGCAAGGGGGGGGUCAGCAAGGGGGGGUGUUCUCUGUUGAGCAGGGAC